UAUACAUAUAUAUCUUAGCCACACGUUUCUUUCACAAAUAAAUUAUAACUUCAGGAAGUGGUUUGUUUGAAUACACGACACGUUGCCACGUUUUUAAACGUAUCGCUUCGGCUGCAGAAAUGUUGGAUUUCUUCGUAAUUAUUACAAAAGGUGGAAUCCGUCUGUGGUGCUUUCCUGGAUCGACGGACAUAUUCAGACUAUCUAUAAAUACAUUCUUAAAAUCACUUAUUCUCGAGGAAAAUGCUGGUCGCUCACCUUUCGUAUGUGACUCAAGAGCCAUGAAAUUCUACAUGGACAAUGAAUUUAAUCUAUUGUUUGUUGCUGCUUACCAAAAUGUCCUUCAACUUAAUUACGUAGACAAGUUUUUAACAGAUAUCGCUCUGGAAUUUAGAGAUAAGUAUAAGAAUCAACUUGAAAGUCACGAUAUAACUGGUUCGUUCGAGGAGUUUCUGCCUGUUUAUCAGGCUAUCCUUAGGAAAACUGAAGAUGAGUUUCGAAAUGUUCGUAAAAGUGCCAAACAGAUGCGGAAAUUCGAGGAUUCCGAUAAGUCAAAAAAGACAGUUGCUUCUAUGAUUGUACGAAAAGGCAAGAAUGUUGAAAGUGACACCAAGGACGUCCCAGUUGUUACGAAGGAGAAGAUAGUUAACUCUGAACCCAAAUCUGAUGAGCCAGUAACAGAUAAUCUCGACACUUUGGAGCAAAACAGACUUAAACUAGCCGCUAAACUCAAGGCUUCAAAGAAGAGUAAGGAGUCAAAAAGUCCAUCAGCAUCCCCCAUACAAAAGCCUAAUGGUAAACGUGUCAAAGAGAGUCGUCGAUGGGAUAAUACGGCAACUGGAGAAGAAGCAGCAGCUUUAGAUUUCAGUAGUGGAAAUAUGAAUGGAAAAGAAAAAGCUGAAUAUGACUUUUCAACUACAGAAAUUGAAACGCUUUCACGUCUUCGUGGUACUAUGAAAGAUGAUUUAGACGAGGUUCAUGUAUCUUCAGAUGAAGAUGAAGAUUUAGAAGUUUUAGAAAUUGAAGAAAAUGACACUUCUACAACAACAACAGCUCAGAAUGGUACUACUCUCACUGGUAAUGAAUCUCAAAAAGAUACACCGACUCAAAAUGGUCAAGCAAAGACUGGCUACCUUUCUGGUAUCCUGCGUGGUCUACGUAUUACUGGUGGUGCUGGACGUGUACUAACUCGUGAAGAUAUUACACCGUGUUUAGAACAACUUAGAGAACGUCUUGUCGGUAAAAAUGUAGCUAUGUCGAUUGCUGAUCGUGUUUGUGCCAGUGUCGCUGAUCGUCUUGUUGGCACAUCACUUGGAACAUUUGAAAGAAUUUAUCCACGUGUUCGAGCCAGUCUAGAAGAAGUUUGCUCACGUAUUCUAGUAUCUGGUCGUCGUGUUGAUGUUCUACGUGAUGCAUUGGAGGCGCGUAAUCAAGGAAGACCAUAUAGUAUUGUUUUCUGUGGAGUUAAUGGUGUUGGAAAGUCGACAAACUUGGCAAAAAUCGCUUUUUGGCUUAUUGAAAAGAAUUUCCGUGUCCUUAUAGCUGCCUGUGAUACAUUUCGUUCUGGUGCUGUGGAACAAUUACGUACACAUGUACGUAAAUUGAAUUUCAUUCAUCCAUCAGAUCAACACGGUGGACAAAUUAUGGUUGAAUUAUAUGAACAAGGUUAUGGUCGUGAUGCUGCAUCCAUAGCACGAUCUGCAAUCAAUUAUGCUCGUGAUCGUCAUUUUGAUGUUGUUCUUGUGGAUACAGCUGGACGUAUGCAAGAUAAUGAACCACUGAUGAGAGCUUUAGCUUCACUGAUUCAACUUAAUCAACCAGAUCUUGUAUUAUUUGUCGGUGAAGCAUUGGUUGGUAAUGAAGCAGUUGAUCAAUUGGUUAAAUUUAAUCAAGCACUAGCUGACCACAGUUAUUCUGAUCGUCCAAGAACAAUUGAUGGUAUUGUCUUGACUAAAUUUGAUACAAUUGAUGAUAAGGUUGGAGCUGCUAUCUCCAUGGCGUGUAUUUCAAAUCAACCAAUUGUAUUUGUUGGUACUGGUCAAACCUAUUCAGAUCUACGUCAAUUAUCAGUGAAUGCUGUUGUCAAAGCUUUAAUGAAAUAAGUGUGUAGUUUGUGAAUUCCAUCGUGUUGAUGUUGAAUUGAUGGUCUUUGUUUUGUUUUAUUUCAUUUUUUUCUUUCUUUGUUUUUCAUUUGAUCAUAUUUCUCUCUUCUUAUUACGUAAUAACUUACUUUCAAUGUUAUCUUUAUUAAUUAUAUGAUUGAUUAUGAUUUCAUAUAAUGAAUGAUCGACUGAAUGUGAGGGCGUUGUCUUGAAUCGAUCUCAUUUCUCACGGCCACCCCUUCCAUCGCUCCCUCUCCUUCUCACUUGUUCUUCCCUGUCACACAUGUUUAUUUCUGUCUCAAGCCAACCCCCCCCCCCCAACCUCAGGUUAGUCAUCAUCAUUAUUUUUCGCUAGUUUCACAGUUUCUUUCACCACCACACAUCCUCACUUUAUUAUUCUCCUUAUUAUUAUUACUUCUUACUUUGUAGCAAUAUUAUCAUUAUCAUUAUUGGUAAUAUUACGUAAUCUAUGUGAUAACUCCACAUUAGAAGUUUUAUCUCUUCAUUAUUAUUGAUUUAUUUUCUUUUUAUUUGAGACGAUUAUUGUCACUUGUUACCUAAUCAUCGUCAACAUCAUCACUACUAUGAGAGUUUGUUUUAUGCACAUGUCUUCUUUUGUUUGUUUAUGUGUGUGCGCGUGUUGUUCUUUCUGAUUCCAUUGUAGUCACUAGUAGUAAUCGUGAUAUACUUAUUUUAUUGUAUGCGUUUUGUUUGUGUGUUUGCCUGUCUGUCUCUCUUUCUGUGUGUUUGUGACCUGAAGUGAUAAUAUAUCUGUACAUUGUAUCA